GUUUGAAGCAUACGCUCACGCGUUCAGUUCUUGAUUCAAACUCCGCGGUGAUAGUCGCGCGACUACAGAGGGUGUGUUUACGCUACGGUGUAACGUUAAGCGGCCGGAACGGUUUUUUUUCGUUUUUCAUCGAACCUGAAUCGAAAACUGCACACUUAGGGAUUUUUUUCUUUUUCUUUUCACGACACUGCCACUUGCCACCGGGCUGCAGUUCCUAAUUCUGGGACUCUGGCAUUUCUGUUAUUGUGAAAAUGUGAUGAUAUAGUUCAGCGGGAAGAAGAAAGUGAAGUGAAAAAUGUGAUGCGCGUGAAUUUUGUGCUCGAUCUAGCGUACGGAACAAGUUGUACGGCCUGAGGUUUGGGUUUUGUGUUAAGCAGACGCGAAUAACGUGUGGAAAUCUGCACCAGGUUUCGUACAGAUGUUGAACCGAUUCUGUGGCCGAACGUGUGUGUGGCAACAAUUUGCUUUGGUUAGAAAUUAACAUAAAUCAUUCUAUCGAUGCUCGGUGUAUUAUGUAAAAAUAUCGCUCAUAAGGGAAGUUCGGAAAUUAGUAGGCGGCUUUUCGGCAUAGGUGAGACCGUUUCAUUAUCACAUUACGCACGUGGUUUGGUGUGAGGCGCUGCUUACAUCGUAGCAGGCGAGCGGGGGUGGAAUGAAUGUAAUGUGAUAGCGGGUGUAUGUACCCAUAUGUGUUUGAUGUCGAGCGCCGACGUCUAUGAAUGAAGAGCGAAAAUCCGUAAGGAAUCCGUGCAUAGUAGUGUUCAUGCACGGGGUAUAGUACUUCUCAGUAGGGUGGCACUGCUGGAUUCAACAGCAAUUACUUUUAGCGACCGCUAGUCCGUCGUCAGUCGACAACCGGUAGCCAUUGAGUCGACACAGUCUGCAUGCGACAAACCAACCAACAACAGUCGAUGACACCAUCGUCGUUCGAAAAAGGUCGAUACGAGUACAUACGCGAAAUAAUUCACAAGAAGCAUAAAAAAAAUUAUCGCCAGCGAAAGUGAACCGAAACGCCUGGUGUAAGAAACCACUGCCAAGGGUGCGAAACAUGAAAGCAAAUCGUGGUGGUAUCCUGUGACAGUGAUUGUUGCGUUAAAGUGCUUUUUCAUGCAAUUUACUUCGGCCUGUCUACUACGUUCGUCCGUUCGUUCUUUUCGCGCCGAGUUGUUAUUGUGCAAAAAAUAAACCAAUUCAGCAACACCCAUCAGAAAUCAGGUCACCUGGAAGAACUACUUACCUUUGUUGGAAGAAAGCUGAAUAAGCAGACUAGUCAAGUGGAGCUUUUCGUUAGCUCCAAAUUUCUUCGGAAGCUUCAAAUUGAGAAAUUUGAAAAAAAAUUAUUUUGUUCGACUCGUCAAUCUUGUAUAAUAACUUGUAAGCCAAAUGAAGUCACACGACAUGGAUAUGGGCGGGUACAUAAACGAAGAUGAUGAAUUGGAACCAGUUAUGGACGAUGAAGGUGGUCAGCUGAAAAGCAAAAAUGGUCAGAAAUACACCGUCAAUCGAGCCCCGCGUGGCAAGUACAUCCCGACCUGGUGUUGGUACUUCACCCUGUUCCUGGUGCUGGCCCUGAUUGUGCUCUCGGUGGUCCUGCUGGUGCUGCUCAUCACUCAACAACGAUUAUAUGCGGCGGAGAACGGGGGCCACAGUAAUGGAAAUUCCACCAUCCUGACGGGGUCCCUCGGUGGCAGCUCAGCGUCAUCGGUCAGCUCCUCGACCAACGGAUUCGGUCCGGUGACGAACGGUGGCUCGAACCCGAAGAAACAUCAGCACGACCCUCGAUUGAACACCAACUAUCGCGAUAGCUGGAGCAGCGCCCGGCCCGAUCACGGCAAUCGGGAUGACGAUUAUUCCGAUGACGAUGGGAAUCUGGCGCCGCCGGUCGAGGAACAUGACGAGGAUAUCAUUGGCCGUCAUUACGGCUGGAUUCCACACCAUUACAGACUAACGAUCGAGCCCAACUUCGAUCGGUCGAUAAACAAUGGAUCCGUUGCUAUCAACAUCAUCCGCGAUCCCGAAUACGGCUCCAGGGUGCUACCGAUCGUGUUGGACAUCAAAAAUAUUGAAAUUCUCUCAUCACAAGUGCUGGAUUUCGACAAUCAGGACAUAGCGUUCGAUGCGUCCUACGGGCGCAACAAUCAGUCCUAUCACAUUAAGAUCAAAGAAAGUGGUGACUUUCUGCACAACGUGACAGUCGUACUAGAUUUCCAGGGCCAACUGAGCGACACGCUGCAGGGUUUUUACAAGGGUUCUUUUCUGGAGGAGGAGACCAACAACCGGACCUGGUUCGCGAGUACGCAGUUUUCGCCGAUCGAUGCGCGGCGAGCUUUCCCCUGCUUUGACAAUCCGGAAAUGAAGGCCACCUUCGACAUUUCGCUGGUACAUUCGGAGGACAAAUCGAUGGCACUGUCCAAUACGGCACUGAUCCGCACCAGCGUUCAUCGGCCGGGAUUUCUGCGGCGGGAUUUCGAAACGACGCCCCGCAUGAGCACCUACCUGGUGGCGUUCAUCGUAUCGGACCUGGAGCUAGCUCAACAGUCUCAACUCCUCGCCUUCAAACCACAGAUUAGCAUCUGGAGUCGGCCCGAGGUACGGCGGAUGACCAAUUACGCGCACCAGCUGACGGUGCGAUUGCUACCGUUUCUGGAACAGUACUUCGAUCUGCCUUACCAAAUGAAAAAGAUCGAUAUGGUUGCAGUGCCCGAUUUCGGAUACUCGGCCAUGGAGAACUGGGGAUUGAUCACAUUCAGGGAAUCCUCGUUCCUGGUUCCGGAGGACAACGACAAAAGUUCAUCGGCAGCCCACAAGGAGCGGGUGGCGUUGGUCUUGGCCCACGAGUUGGCUCACCAAUGGUUCGGCAAUCUGGUCACACCGCGUUGGUGGAACGAUCUCUGGCUCAAGGAAGGUUUCUCCACCUACAUGAGCUAUGAAUGCCUGAAUUUCGCUGAGAAAAAAUGGCGUGUUUUUGAGUCGUUUUCGGAAAAAGAGCUUGAACCGGCCUUUGAAACGGACUCGCUGAGAAAUUCUCACCCCAUUUCAUUCCCGGUGCGGCAUGGUUCUGAUAUUCGUCGUAUUUUCGAUCCUAUCACCUACUCCAAGGGAGCUGCCCUGAUACGGAUGAUGAGUAGUUUCCUGGGACCGGAUGCCUUCAAGGCCGGUAUCGUCGAAUACCUCAAAGAAUAUCAGUACUCCAAUGCAGAACAGGAGGACCUGUGGGAAAUUCUGACCAAACAAGGUCAUAGUCACGGAACGCUACCGGAAACUCUUGAAGUUAAGGAUAUUAUGGAUACCUGGACCCUGCAAGCUGGUUAUCCGGUGAUAACUGUUGAACGGCUUGCGCCAACCAAGCUUCGGAUCUCUCAACAACGAUACAUUCUUCCAUCGAAGGAAUCCUCCGACGAAACCCGGUGGUAUGUGCCAAUAAGUAUGGUAACCAAAACAUCUUCUCUCAUGGAAACUUCGUUGCCGAUCUUUUGGUUGAGCUUCGAAAACAAAUCUGUAGAAAUAGACAUCGAAGCAGAUGCUGAUGACUAUGUCUACCUCAACGUAGAUCGAACUGGGUACUACCGGGUUAACUACGAUUAUGCUUCCUGGAAGAAACUGACCAACAAUUUCGCAUCAUUGCCUCCGAUGACCAAAGCCCAACUGAUUGACGAUGCAUUCAGUCUAGCACGUGCCGAGUUCAUCCAAUACGACAUACCUCUAACGCUGACGCUCUUCCUGAAAGCCAACCACCAAGAUAUAUCCUCAUGGGCUUCCCUGGCCAAAGGCCUGAACUUCCUCGAUGCCAUGCUCUCGCGGGAACCAGCCUACGAAAGUUUCCUUGCAGUGAUGCGAUCAACGCUUCGAAAAGCUUUCGAUGCGCUUGGUUUCGAGGAUCACCCCGAAGAUGACCACCUGCAGAUGAUGCACCGGGAGCGAAUUGUUCGGCUGGCAUGCCAGUUUGGAAUAGACAAAUGUACCGUCCCGGCGCAAACGCUGUACCGCCGGUGGAUGACCAACUUCCGGGACAACCAGAUCCCACCGAAUCUCAAGUUUGUCAUUUACUGCACCUCGCUGCGGGAGGGUGGCGUGCCUGAGUGGAACUUUGCCUACAAACGCUACCAGGAGACGGAUUCGGCCUCGGAGAAGGAAACCAUCCUCAGUGCCCUCGGCUGCUCGGUGAAACCGUGGCUGCUUUCCAAGUACCUCAACAUGACGCUAGAUCCUACCUCUGGCAUACUAAAACAGGACGGUGGUCGAGUGUUCCAAGCAGUGGCCAAAAAUUACGUCGGAAACGACAUCGCAUUCAAUUUUCUAUAUGAAAAUAUCGAGAAGAUAAACAAAUAUUACGGUGACGGUUUCUCGAUCCUGCCGAAGAUGAUCCACUCGGUCACGGCACUGAUGAAUCAGAAGCAUCACAAGGAACAGUUCGAUCGUUUCGCCCGGAAGGCCCGCUCGCUCGGCUUGUCCACUAUCGAGAAGAGCAUCCACCUGGCCGAGGAGCAAAUCCUAAACAACAUGUACUGGCGAACCAGUUCCUACUAUCAACUGCAGAACUUCCUGAAUCAGUUGAUCCGUGAUCUCCACAUGAAUAUGUACUAGAGAAAGAAGCAUUUAAAAUACUGAAGGUCUCUUCCUAGGGCUUAACAGCCAGAAGUCGAAACGUGAUCUAUACAAGCAAGCUACUCAAAGCUUAACAGUCAAAGUUCCAAACCAAAUGGAAUGGUAGUGUUUUGGAGGAUUCGAAACAAAAAACACCGUUAAGCUUUUUUUUUAAUUUGAUCAUUUUUUUUUUUCUAAACCAAUUCAGCCUCGCAGCUUUGUCUUGUUCUGUAAAUUUUUUUAAACCAAAUCGCGCAAUAAAAGAUAAAUAAACGAAUAGUAAUGAAUAGUUAAAAGAAAACGAAAAAAGUAACGAAGGCGCGAUAACAGAAAAAAAAUCCUUACGAUUUUACUUUGGUUUCGAUGUUUGGUGAACGGAAUUCGUGAGCAACGGAAUUUAUUUGGCUGUGUACCUCUCAAACAACAAUGAUCGAGGAUUGUAUGUAAAAAUUUUGUAUAGGACUUAAAUUUAGUCGCUCGGUUUGAAACCAUCCUAGAAUUAUAUCGUCAGUUAACGAUUCUUUUUUUUCGAGUAGGUUAAACUAGGUUCAUAUCUAAAUUUCUGCGAAUGAGUUCGCACUUAGGUUCUUUUAUAAUCUAGAACCCAUCAUCAGUAUUUAUUUAUAAUUCAUUUAUUAAUUUAUAUGAAACGAAAAUUUUAUUUGAACCCAACAGAAAAAACGAAUGAACACCGAUUUGGGGGGAUGUGAAGUAAUGAACAAUGCGAGCGAUGCAUGAAAAACAGUCUGCUAGGUGAAUAAGUUUCCUCAAAGAGAUAGCCUGUAAGCAAUCUACGUUUGCCAUAUAUGUAUGUAUGUAUUUUCCAAUGAUUUAGUCUAGUGCCUACUUUAUCUAAUUUGUAAAAUUAUGAACAUAGAACCUUGAUUACAUUAUGUAAGCGACCGAUAACAAAAAAUAAAGUGUCUUCAAUGGAAAAUACAAUACUAGCCUAAAACAAAAACAGAUGAAUUACGCUAUAUAUAUAUUUAGAGAAGUAAAACAUAUAUUCAACUAAAAUUUUAUGAAAAUACGCUUGUUACGAACAUUUGUGUAUGCGCUUGAAGGGCGAAGUGGCCAUGGCCGUGCAAAUAUUUCAAUGUAGCGACAUAAUGUUCGAAAGUUUUAAUAAAGAUGUGUUAUUAUUCUACGCUCAUAGAUUUGUACUUCAUUUUUUGCAACAGAGACUUUCGGACUUCAUUCGUUUGGAAAAAAAUAACAGUUUCUUAUAACCUUUUAGUAGGUUGAUAGAAAUUACUAUUUGAAGUUUACUUCAAGUUUGAUCAUAUUUCAUUCAAUAUGUAGACAUCAUUCAC